AAAAGGCGGGCGGGAAGGGCCUCUUUCCGUCCCUGGUGAGCGGCAGAGGGAUCCCUCCUGAGCCAGCUGUCGGGAGGAGGGCGGGUGGGUCUUUGCCGCUGAGUGCGCCCCGGGUCUCCCUUCUUCUCCCAGGAUGCUGGUGGCGUGCGGAAUGCAGCAGCGUCACCAGGAAGCGCUCAAGAGGAACCGUGUGAUCCUGGCGAAGCAGCUUGUGUUGCCCGUACUGGUGGAGUACAUGGUAGAGAAGGACAUCAUCACACUGGAGAUGGUGGAAAUGAUACAGGCAAAGUCUGGGAGCUUCGAACGAAAUGUGGAAUUCCUCAAUUUGCUGCCCAAGAGAGGCCCUAAUGCCUUCUCAGCCUUCUGUGAAGCUUUACGAGAAACCCAACAGCAGCAUCUGGAGGCAAGGAUCUUGAAGACAGUGUCCGACCUGAGCCCCGACAUUACAAGGCUUGAGCACUGUCAUGGAUCAGAUCUUCCGUUCCCUGUCAGUGAGUCCUGUAAUUCAAAGAGACCGCGCGGGAUUGGACCAAUGGAAGUUUCCUGGGAUAAUGGAGAUGGUCACUCAAUUCCUCCAGUGAAAUAUUGCACUCCUGAAUUUUAUCAUGAUCAUCAGCACUUGGCGUACAAGGUGGUAUCAGAGCCCCGAGGCUUAGCGCUUAUUCUCAGCAAUGUCAGUUUCAGCUGUGACAAGGACUUGGAGUAUCGCAAAGGGGGAGACGUGGACUGUGCUUCCCUGAAGAUGCUUUUCAAGCACCUUGGGUAUGAAGUGACUGUUCUUCCUAAUCAAACUGCACAGGAGAUGCAGAAUGCAUUGGAGAGAUUCUCCAAGCUGCCAGAUCAUCAAUAUGUGGAUUCCUGCAUCGUAGCUUUGCUUUCCCACGGUGUGGAGGGCGCGGUCUAUGGCAGUGAUGGCAAGCUACUACAGUUACAGGAGGUUUUCCGGCUCUUUGAUAACGUAAACUGUCCAAAUCUCCAGAAUAAGCCAAAAAUGUUCUUUAUUCAGGCCUGCCGGGGAGAUAAGUUCGACCAGGGAGUGGAUCAAAGAGAUGGGAAAGAACGGUCAGAUUCCUCAGGCUGUGAGGAAAGUGAUGCAAACAGGGAAGAAAGUCUCAAGCUGCGUCUGCCUACAUGCUCGGAUAUGAUCUGUGGAUAUGCUUGUCUGAAAGGCACUGUGGCCAUUCGAAACACCAAGCAUGGAUCCUGGUAUAUCGAAGCUCUCACCUCUGUGUUUGCAGAGGACUCCCGAGACACUCAUGUAGCUGACAUGUUGGUGAAGGUAAAUAGGCAAAUCAAGCAACGAGAGGCUUAUGCGCCGGACACGGAAUUUCACCGCUGCAAGGAAAUGUCAGAAUAUUGUAGCACACUCUGUCGGGACCUUUACCUGUUUCCUGGAUAUCUACCAGGAAAAUAACCUUCUCUGUUGGAAGAGAGAUACUGCUAAACCUGAACUUUGACUAUGGAUGUCUGCGAUUUUGCUCUUACUGACCGUGACAUCAGAUGUGCAAGCAAGGAAUGUUUCUUUAUCUGGCCAGUCCAAUUCAAAAUAUUCUGGCAACUGUCUUUGUAAUCUGAUUCAGUUCAGGGUAUAAAAUUCUAAUAUCCUGAUUUGCUUUGUAUGUAUAGAAACUGAUAGAAAGAGGAUCAGCACAAGAAUUUGGGAGAAGUGGGAACAUCCUUUGGGAGGAGAUGUGAGGACAUUUAUAAACAAAGUGAAAAUGAAAAUGGACUAUUGGCACAACUUUUAAAAAAAGUUAAGCCUUUCUGAAAGGAAAAUCGGUCAUAAAAUGCUAUUUAUCUUACACUUGUAUUUUAAAAAUUUUAAAUACUUUCUGCGUGGUUCUUACAGGACAGUUUACUACUGUGCACGUUAGAAAAAGAGUUUCCUUGUGAAGGAGAAUCCUCCCCUUCUCUAAAAUGAAAGGUUAUAUUCUCAGUAUUCAGCACUUUCCUAUCCAUUGUGAUCACUUAAAAGUCUAUUUUUCUACAUCCUUUCUAUAGUGAAGUUAUUGAGAGAAUUACAAGACAUCCCAGAUUAUCAGCAGAACGAAGACCUAGACAAGUCUGCAGAAACUGCCCCAGAAAUAGUUUUGAAUCUAUAAAUUCUAGAUUAGCUCCCCAUAGUCCCAAGAAUUAACAACUGCAUGGAAUAUUACUUUUCAGGAAUUUGUUUGCCAUAGUACUUAUGUGUCACAGCAGACAGCAUU